AUUUCUUGAAAUUGAAACCGUAAGGAUGGUGAAGAUAAUACUAGUAUAUUGUGUUCUUUUCCUGUUAUUUGCAGCCUCCUACCAAGCAUCCAAUGUGGUCUACAAUGUCGUCAAACUUGGAGCGAAGUCAGACGGCAAGAUCGAUUCUACCGAAGCAUUUACGAAGGCAUGGACGCUAGCAUGUAGCUCAACAUGGCCAGCCAUGGUAUAUGUUCCUCAGGGGAGUUUCUUGAUCAAACCUGUAGUGUUUGGGGGUCCAUGCAAGAAUAAAAUAUUGUUCUCCAUUGAUGGAACAAUUGUGGCACCAUCAAAUUACUCGGGUUUCGGCAAUUCUGGAUUUUGGAUUUUGUUCUACAAGGUCACUGGGAUUACUGUUUAUGGUGGCACUAUUGAUGCAAAAGGAGGUAGCUUUUGGGCUUGCCGGAAUGCUGGAAACAAUUGUCCGCCAGGAUCUAGGUCCAUAUCAUUUGUGGCAUCUAGCAACAUCAUGGUUAGCGGAUUAACAUCAAUCAACAGUCAAAUGUUUCACAUUUCUAUAGACCAUUGCCAUAACAUUACACUUGAAAACAUGAAGAUUAGUGCCCCUAGUUGGAGUCCCAACACCGAUGGCAUACACAUGCAAUCUUCUACUGGAAUUUCCAUCACCAACAGUAUGAUACAGACAGGAGAUGAUUGCAUAUCCAUAGGUCCUGGCUCCAAGAAUUUGAGGAUCCAUCGCAUUGCUUGUGGUCCUGGACAUGGAAUAAGCAUUGGUAGUCUAGCCCUGCAUCAAAAUGAAGAUGGCGUGGAGGAUGUCAAGGUAACGAGUGUUGUUUUCAUGGGAACUCAAAACGGAGUUAGGAUAAAAUCAUGGGGAAGACCAAGCACAGGGUAUGCUCGAAACGUUGUUUUUGAAAACAUUAUCAUGAAAUAUGUCUAUAAUCCAAUCAUCAUUGAUCAAAACUACUGCCCUAGUGCCAAAGGUUGUCCUAAGCAUAGCUCUGGAGUGAAGAUUAGUGGAGUGACAUAUAAGAACAUAAAGGGAACAUCUGCCACACAAUUAGCAAUGAAUUUUGUUUGCAGUUCAAGUAAUCCAUGUAAAGGACUCAAAUUGGAAGACAUAAAGCUAACGUAUUACAAAAAAUCAGCCGCUGCCACAUCGUUUUGUAAGAAUGCAAGUGGGAGCAGUAAGGGACUAGUGAUUCCCCCGAGUUGUCUCUGAAGACAAAAGCAAAUUAUUUCUUCAUAUUCAAAUUCAUUGAUAUUCAUUAAUAAACUCAAAGAAUGUGACUGGAUAUAAUAUAAGUGUUAUGUAUAAAAUAC